GGAGCCGCGGGAGGUACCAGAGGCAAGCUCUCCAGGCCCUGGUGGACAGCAGAGGCUCUGGGACGCUGCAGACAGACCCUUGGACAGACAGACGGUUAGACACUUGGCCUGGCCAUGGGGCUCGGUGGGGGACAGUCUCGGCUGCUGGUGCCACUGUUGCUGCUGUUGACUUGCCUCCAGCGGGGGACAGGCCUGGAGCGCAUCAGCUAUGUGCCCCGGCUCUCAAGCCCCACCCUGGCAGGGACACUCACCCAGUCUACCUUCACGCUGGAGCAGCCGAGGGGCCAGUUCAGUCACCGCAACAUCUCUGACUUGGACACCAUCUGGCUGGUGGUGGCCCACAGCAACGCCACCCAGAACUUCGCUGCCCCUCAGAGAGUGGAGGACAUCCCAGUCCCGGCCAACUUCAUGCAGAGGGGCUACUACCUCACGCUGAUGGCCAGCCGGUUGCUCUACCCGGGCAGCCAGCCUGGCAACCAGCUCCAGGUCCUACGCGUUGGCAAUGAUACCCGCUGCUCCCCUAAGACGAGAGGCUGUAACCACCCCCUGCCGGGCCCGGGCCCCUACCGAGUGAAGUUCCUGGUGAUGAGUGACAGGGGACCUGUGGCUGAGACAGAGUGGUCCAACGAGACCCGCCUGCAGCAAGCCAAGGCACUGCAGGCUGCCCCAGGACCCCAAAGCGUGGGCACCGUGGUCAUCAUUGCCAUUUUAUCGGUCCUGCUGGCUGUCCUUUUCACUGUCCUCCUUGCUCUGCUUAUCUACACCUGUCAUGACACCUGCAGGAACGCUCCCAUUUCGGGCCCGGAGCAGUUGACUUGCGUGAGGAGAUACAACACCCACCACAUGACCAGCCCUCCAGCCACGGGGGCCACCUGAGGGGGCUCGCACCUGUCCCUGGGCCUUCUCCCUGCGGAUCCUGGGCUGGGAGCAUGCCCAAAGCUUCUGGAGCCCCAGGAGAAGUGGGGGGAGGGUGUCCCUACCCAAAAUUAGGCCUGUCCCUGUCAGAAAUAAAUGUCCCCAGCACCCCCUGCA